CCCGGUGUGCACGUGGGCGGUUUUUCAGUGGCCGGGUUCGGGUGUCCCUGACAGCGGAUGGGACCCAACCACGUUUUUCUUUGGUCGUUCCUGGAUGCUCUCUCUCUCUCUUUCUCUCUCUCUCUCUCUCUCCCUCUGUCUCUCUCUCUCCCUCUGUCUCUAUCUCACGUCAACUUUAAUGGAGACAACCAAGGAAUUGAAUGAGGCUCAUUCAAUAAACAUCCACCGUAUCGGGCGGAGUGUGGGGGGUUCCUCGGUGAAGAUACCGUUCGGGGCACUUGCUUCGAUCUGGGCGCACACCUCGCGCCGAUUGUGAAAGCCCAAUGAUGGAGCAGGAGGAUGCUAGGCAGAUGAAGUCAGGAAACUUCCGUAGAGAAAAUAAAAGUAAGUUCUGCUGGGAAGAAAUCAGCUGACAAGGGAUUCGCGGGCGCGGCAGAGGCGCGUACCAAAGACGCUGGUCAGGAACAUGUGCCAAUGCAUACCCACGCCGUCCGAUGUAGUGUUACUUUUUUUUUUUGUUGGGACGAAAUUGGAAGCGAAGGAACGGGUGAACGGUGAACACAUAAGGACACACAUACACACGAACACGCAGAGACACAUGUGAAAAGGGCAUUUGGACCAAUUCGGUGCCGCGGCGUCAGUGGAGGAGGCACAGAGGAAGAGCCUGGAAACGACCCCGUGGGCGCCGUUGCGUGGCCGGUCCGGCCGCUGGGAGCUCGGGUGGGUCUCGGCUAUCGCAGUGGCGCUGGAACCUCGCCAAUCACACGGCGCCGCUACGGGGGCGGGACAUCGCGGGCCACCAGUCCACCACCACCAGCUCACACGCUCAUCAAUGUCAUGCCGGCUGCUGCGCAACUCACUGUUUCCUCAUGUGAAAUCCGCCAGUCGGUGAAACGAGCCGGGACUUCAACUGCUUUUUGUCGACGCAACGUCGAAAACUUUUUUUCCUUUUAUCGGGAAGCAAACCCACAUCGUUGUUUAGCCAACCCCAACCACGGGAACCUCGAACAACUCAAACGACUUUCCGCGCACACCAUCAUCCACCAUGGUGAACACCGACCCUGAGCACCCCCCCGGCGAGCCCGCCCCCGAGAUUCUGGAGGAGCGGAUCUGGAUCGACGGCUGCUUCGACUUCUUCCACCACGGUCAUGCCGGGGCCAUCGUGCAAGCCCGCCAGCUGGGCAGCGAGCUGUACAUCGGCGUGCACUCCGACGAGGCCAUCCUCGAGAACAAGGGCCCAACAGUCAUGAACCUGCAAGAGCGCCUGGCCGCCGUCGACGCCUGCCGCUGGGUCACAAAGUCGGUCGGCCGGGCCCCCUACGUCACGCAGCUCGAGUGGAUCAGCCACUACGGCUGCAAGUACGUCGUGCACGGCGACGACAUCACCUCGGACGCCGACGGCUACGACUGCUACCGCUUCGUCAAGGAGGCCGGCCGCUUCAAGGUCGUCAAGCGCACGCCGAGCAUCUCCACCACGGACCUUGUCGGCCGCAUGCUCCUAUGUACCAAGACGCACUUCAUCAAGUCGCUCGAGAGGCAGCUGGCCGGUGACGAGGGCCAGGGCACCUCCGAGGCCGAGAUCAAGGCCGAUGCCGCGGCCAUGACGGAGCGCAUGAAGCUCUACGCCACCGACGAGACGGGCAAGAACCCGGGCGUCGAGGUGUGGUUCUGGACCGCGUCCGGGGAGGCCAAGGCCGAGGCCGCCGUCGAGGAGAAGGGCGAGUUUAGGCGGUUUCUGCCGGGCAAGGGCCCGCGGCCCGGCCAGCGCGUCGUCUACGUCGACGGCGGCUUCGACCUGUUCUCGAGCGGGCACAUCGAGUUCCUCCGCCGGGUCGUCGAGGCCGAGGAGGAGCUGGCCCGCGGGGAGGGGUGGUACUCGGAGCAGGCCGUCAACGAGCGCGUCGGCAAGGGCGGCGACUACCCGCCUGCGUACGUCGUCGCCGGCAUUCACUCGGACGACGAGAUCAACCACUGGAAGGGCAUCAACUACCCCAUCAUGAACAUUUACGAGCGCGGACUGUGCGUGUUGCAGUGCAGGUACGUCAACGCCGUAGUCUUCGGCGCGCCCUUCUCGCCGACCAAAGCCUACCUCACGACGCUGCCUUGGGGCACGCCGGACGCCGUGUACCACGGCCCGACGGCCUUCAUGCCGCUGACGUACGACCCCUACACGGCGCCCAAGGAGAUGGGCAUCAUGCGGGAAGUUGGCGAGCACGAGUUCGCCGGGGUCAACGCCGGGACGAUCGUGCAGCGCAUCAUGCGGAGCCGCGACAUGUACGAGGAGCGGCAGCGCAAGAAGGGCAUCAAGGCCGAGGGCGAGUCGGCGGCGCGGGACCGCGAGGUGUUGGAGGAGGAGCAGGCAAGGCGAGAGGCCGAGAGGGCGCGCCAGUGAG